GGAAGUGGCGUCUCUCCGGCGCGGCACGCGGGCCGCGCCAUGGCCGCCGACGGCGGCGGCGGGCGGGAGCUGCUCGCCCUCAUCCACCAGCACCUGCUCCGUGGCGGCUUCGCGCGGGCCGCCCGGGAGCUGCAGGCGCAGAGCGGCCAGAAAUUGCUCCCUUCGCUUUCGACCUCUCUCGAGGACAUCUUUACUCACUGGGAAAAAACUCCACCAAAUUCUAAGAGAAGAAACGUGAGUGAUGAGGAGGCAACCAUCCCAGAAAAGAUCAGAGUUCCUGAUCCCGUGAGCAGCUCUGAGAGCUCAGAGAAAGAAGAGGAUGAGAAAGAGAAGGCGAAGGCUGCAAAUGCAGCCAGCCUUUCUCUGGCCACAAACUCGGUAGUGAAUGUAGAAAGCAGUGAGGAAGAUGAAUCCUCGUCAGAAGAUGAGGCUCUGCCUGGGAAAGGCACAGUGACGGUGACAGCAGCUGUGGUGGGUGGCAAAGCUGCCAACUCCCUUCAUUCGCCUCCCAAGCCUGCUGACAGAACUGUGCUCUCUAACAAGCAGCAGCCCAAUGCCCCAGCUGCAGCUCCAGCCCCAGCCAAGGCCCAGAAACUGCCCAGUCCUGGGAAGCCUGGACAUACCACAGCAGCUGUGGCCAAAGUAGGGCAAAGCAAAGCACCAGUACCGACCAAAGCACCGGAAAGUUCCAGCAGCAGCAGCUCCUCAUCCGAGAGCGAGGAGGAAGAGGAGACUCCAGCUGCAAAGGCCCCAGCCCCCAAAGCGGAGCCAGCUGCUGGGGCUGAGAGCAGCAGUGAGGAAUCAAGUGAGGACACAUCCUCUGAGGAGGAGCUGGCAGUUCCAGCCAUCCAGGCCAAGCCAGCUGUGAAAACAGUGCAGUCUAACACAACACCUGUGAAAAGUGCACCUGCUGCUCCAGUGUCCCUUAAGAAGACUGCAGUGAAGCAAACAGCACUGGCAGCAGGCCAGGCCAAACCUGCAUCAACAACGGUUCCUGGGGCUGCACAGCCUGAUGACACAUCAGAGAGCAGCAGCUCAUCGGACAGUGACGAUGAAGAACGUCCAUUAGUAACCCAAACAAAGCCACCUCCAAAAGCCGUCCCAUCCCCAGUGAAACCUACACCAGCAGCAUCACUCUCUGUCAAAGCAGCUCCAGCAAAAACACUUCCACAGUCCCAAGGGAAGGCAGCACCAAAAACAGCAGUGCCAAAGCAGGCUAAAACCUCACUGGCAAGGACUGCUGCUCCCGUGAAGCCUGCUGAAAGUAUAAAGCCAGUGGAGAGCUCUGCCUCAUCAGCCAGUGAAGAAGAGGAUCUCCCUGUGCCCAUCAGCCAGAAGAGGUUAUCAGACCAGUCCAAGCCUAUUCCCAAUCUGAGCCAGGCUGAUAAAGAUGUGCAGCCUGAAAAAGCAGUGGUAAGCACCUUGAAAAGCCAGAUUUCACAAAGUGGGAACAGUGACUCGUCUGACAGUGAGGAGGAGACUCCUGCAGCACAGAGACAGCCUCCACAAGCUGUGAAAACCAAUUCUGUGCCCCAACCAACAAACGUGAAAAAGGCACCAGCUUCAGCACCAGCCACAGCCCCUCCAGCUGUGGACAGCAGUGAUGAUUCCAGUGAGGAGUCAGAUUCAGAGGAUGAAAUAGUCCCACCUUCCCAGAAUCUGUCCCAGCAGAACGUCAAAGUAACUGCAGUUCCGAGCAUGGUGGCUACAAAGGCAAAUGCCACCCUGCCUUCAGGGAAGAGGACAAAAACUCCUGCUGUCCCUGCAGUGAGCAAAGUGUCUGAGAGCUUGAGCUCAGAGCACAACAUGCUGGCAGGAAAGGUGCCCACUGCUUCUAGCCAAGAGCAGACGGUUCCUGUGGGAAAAGCUCCUCCUGCCAGCACUGCUGUCCCAGGAAAUUCCACUGCCAAGGGGAGGAAGCCAGUCCUGCAGCCAGGACAGGACAGCCACCCAAGCCAGGCUGUGCCACCCACUCAUGCAGAGGACACCACAGACAGCAGCAGUUCCUCUGACAGUGACGAGGAGGAGGCACCCAAGCAGCCUUCCAAAUCUGGUUCUCUGCAGAAACCAGGAGGGACCCAGCCAGCCCACAGCUCCUCCUCGGAGUCCAGUGAGGAGGAGGAGGAGGAUGCGGCAUCACAGUCCCUCCUCACAGGCUACCCAGUCCUCUCCAAGACCCCAGAAACACCCCCGGCACCAAAGACGGUUUCCCCCCAGGCUGGAGGUGAGGUGGGGCCAGGGAAGGCAGCUGGGAGUGCUGCAAGCUCCCUGGCCAAGGGCUCCCUGAAAGCAGCGCCGGCCGACGGCUCGAGCAGCGACAGCAGUGACUCCGACACAGAUGACAACCAGGUGGCUGCAAACCACAAAGCAGAAAACAACCCCCCUUCAAGGCAGGAAGCUACCGAAGUCUCCAGCAAAAAGAAGGUGGCAAGAAAAACAGAGCCAGAUCAUGCCAGCCUCAAAGCUUCUUCACUGAAGAAAACCCUGGCAACGAAAGAGAACAAUGUUGGGACAACAGGGAUGCAAAUGACCUCAUCAUCACCACAUGCCCUGCUCUCCAUCCCAGAGUCACACCAGCCAAGCUCAGGGAGUGAAACUGAGGUCACCACUUCUGCCAAAGUCCCUGCAGUGCAGACAGUGGAGGGAUUGGAAGUAAAGAAGAAGAAAAAAAAGGAGAAAAAGGAGAAAAAAGAAAAGGAGAAAAAGAAACCAUCCUCCACAGCAGACAAGGCUGUGAAAACAUCCAAGAACAAAGACAAAGAGACCAAGAAGCAGAAAACGUCUCAGAAGCGGAAGCUGACAGCAGAGGAUGGGGCUGUGGGGCAGCCCAAGGAGAAGAAACAGAAAGGGCAAACUAAUGAAGAAGUACCCAAAAAGAAAAAGAAAGCAGAUGGUGACCUGGAGAAGGUGGCAAGCAGCAAGGAAAAGAAAAAAGCAGCUAAAAAAAAGAAGACUGAAAAAGAAAAGAAGAAGAGCAAAAAGGCAUCCUUGGAAGGGGUGCCUGUAGCAGAUGGCUCUGCUGAGGCUCCCAAGAAGAAGAAGAAGAAGAAGAAAGGAGCUGAGCCUGAAGGAUUGUGAGAAGGUACAUGGCCUGUGGGGACGGGCCACUGGUACCCUGAGUGAUGUAACCUCGGCCACAAUCAGAACUCCUGGGCCAGUUUUGGGAAGACAGUGUGCCCUCUAAGAGCUGGCCUUAGAGGGCCAGGGAGUGGAGCAGUGUGAGGAAUGUUGUGCAGCUGUGUGCUGGCUUCUCUGGAUGUGUCUGACCUCAACUCUGUAGCUGCUGAGAACCAGAUGUGCAGCCUGGGUGUUGCUGACCUCUGUCACCAGCAGAGAUGAGCGGCCUCUGGCAGUGUGUGUCUGUCCCUGCUGACCACAGGGAGCUUGGAAAAGUGAUGGGGAGUAGAUGGUGAUGAUGUCGCCACCUAGAAGUGGACCAGCUGCUUCUGCCCAUGCUCUGCUCAGCUGUAAGGCUGUUCUCCUCCCCAUCCCUAACUUCUAACUCCUCUCCCCAAAGGUACCGCAUUCCUGUGAUUAAAGAUUUACGGGUGAAGAUCAAACAGAAGAGAGGAAAAGGAAGCUCACCUGGAGAAUUCCAACUUUUUUAAAAAUAGUAAUUUAUAAUUUCUUUUAACUGUGACUUUUAGAGCAGAGUUGUGUAACUUUCUGUCUCCUCCUGCCCUGCUGAGGCCCAGAGAUGUGUUUUUAGUCCCUCCAGAUGGAAAGGAGCUGGAGGAGGCAGUUUGACCAGAGCACGGCAUAAACUGCUUUUCUCCACAGACACCCAGCCAUCCCUUUCUCUUACCACAGAGCUAUAUUUUUGAGAAAAACUUUUACCUUUUUUCCCCUCCUCCUGUGACUUGUGGUGUCAGUCCUUUUGCUACUACAAAGAAAGCUCUCGAGUUUCCUUUUUAUUCUAACACUGACAGUGCUGAUCAUCAUGUCCCUGGAGUUGCACUGAACAGUUGUGUCCAACAGCUGUUCUCAGCCAAGGCAGUCAAUUUUUGUUUUGUUUUUUUUUUUUUUAUGAAAUACAAAAUAAAAAAAACCAAACUGA